AUGCUUUCCCAAAUCAUCACCUUCCUCGCCCUCACAGGCAUCGCAACCGCAGCUCCCAACCCCAGAGCCGCAAAGUGCACAUCCUACACAAUAAUCAACACCCGCGGCACCGGCGAACUCCAAGGCCCCUCCGCUGGCUUCCGCACUAUGAACUCCCAAAUCACAUCCCAACUCCCCGGCGGCAAGAUCUACAACACCGUAUACCCCGCAGGCUACGACCAAAACUCGGCGUCAGGCACACAAGACAUCAUCCGCGAGGUCAAGAGCGUUCUGGCGAGUAACCCUAGUGAAUGCUUCAUUCUGGAGGGAUACUCCCAGGGCGCAGCGGCGACGGUGAAUGCGCUGUCGCAGUUGACUGGUAGUGCGGGUGAUGCAGUGAAGGGAGUGUUUUUGAUUGGGGAUCCGUUGCAUAGGAGUGGGUUGGCGUGUAAUGUUGAUAAUAAUGGGGGGACGACCACGAGGAAUGUUAAUGGGCUUCAGGUUCUUGCGGGAGGGAGUGUUCCGCAGAACUGGAUCUCUCGCACGCUUGAUGUUUGUAUCUUUGGUGAUGGAGUUUGUGAUACGACGCAUGGCUAUGGAAUCAACGCUCAGCACCUUCAGUAUCCGAAUGAUGCGGCGACUCAGAAGCUUGGAACGAACUUUGUUGUCAAACAGUUGAGUGGUCUCAUUGUGUCUCACCAAGAUAUCUGCCCUGCUCUUCAUCACAAACCAUCCAAAACCUCUGCCUUCCGACCGCUGGAAUCACUAAACCAAGAGGCUGCUCCAAAUACCGCCUCCGUCAUCAUGCCACCAAAACCACUAAAAGGAGGUGAAACCGUGGGCAGCAUCCUCGUCGGCGGCACACUCUACGCCAUCGCGGUGUCAGGCCUGGCAAGUCUACUUGAGAACACAAACGACAACAAAAAAGAGAGUAAAGAAGAGCCCAAGCCAGCAGAGCCCAAGAAAGCAGAGCGAAACUGGUUCCAAAGACAGUUAAAGGAACCCGGCUACUACAUGAAACAAGUUGAAGAGCAAUUCAAGGAGGUCAACGAUGAGAUGAAUGCUAAGAGGAAAGCAGAUCCACCAAAACAUUAUAAUACGAUUUUUGAAUUAAAUCCCUACGUGCUAGGCCGACAGUUGCAGCGAUUCCGCCGAGGCAACCCAGAUGACACCCGAGUCAUCUGGACCGAAUAUGAUCUCUACUACUUCACCCUCUGCACACUAUCAGCUUCCGAAGAGGGAUAUCCUCUUGAAUGGCGAUACGAUGCGGUACGUUUACGAUCCAGCCGCGCUCAGUGGAGGACUCUAAUGGCGGACCGACAUCCGUAUGAUGAUGUCAUGGAAGAGUGGCUUUCGAACUGGCGACAGCCAAUCAUUGAGAAGUGGCGUCAAGAGCGGGCUGCGAGUGAGAGGCGGUUUUGGAAGCGGUUCUGGGGUCCUUUUUCGAGGUGA